AUGCCGGGCGCGGAGGACGCCGACCCGGAGCCCCGCGCCGCCGACCCGCGCCUGCGACUCCUGGGGGCCUACGUGGCCCGGAGCCUGCGGCCGGCCGUCGGCGCCUGGGAGCGCUGCGCCGGCACGGCCGAGGCGGAGCGGCUGCUGCACGCCUUCCUGGGCAGUGAUGCUGCGGGGGGCCCGAGCCCGCUGCUGGUGGUGCGGCCCGGGCCCGGGGGCCUGGCGGUGCGACCCGGGCUGGACGCGGGGCCCGAGGCCGGCUCGCCUCGCGCCAAGGGGCUUUUCUUCCUGCGCACCGGGCCCGAGCCGCCAGGGGCCCGCAGCCUCCGCGGCGCCGUGCUGUGCGGGGACGUGCCCGCCGCCCCUCUGGAGCACCUGGCCGCGCUGUUCUCCGAGGUGGUUAUCCCCGUCCUGGCCAAUGAGAAGAACCACCUCGACUGGCCCCACGUGGUCUGUCAGGACGUCCAGAGGCACGCCCACAGCCUCCAGUGUGACCUCCUGGUUCUCCUAGAGCAAGUGAAGGGGAAAACCUUGCUGCCUCUUCCAGUGGGUGCAGAAAAACUCGAGUUGGCGGCUUCUCAGAGUGAGACCGUCUUGGACUGCGACAAGUCCAUCAUCUAUGCCCUUGAGUCGGCCGUGAUCCAGUGGAGCCGCCAAGUCCAGCUGGUGCUCAAGAGAGAGUCUUCCCAGUCACUCCAGCAAGGGGAGAGCCCCACCCCUAAGGCGGAGUUGGAGUUCUGGAAAAGCAGGUCUGAGGAUCUGGACUACAUUUAUAAUCAACUGAGAGCCAUAAAGGUGAGGGGCAUGGCGACGCUCCUGGACAAGCUUCAAAGCAGCUACUUCCCAGCUUUCCAGGCCAUGUUCAGAGACGUCCGAGCAGCUCUGACAGAGGCACGGGACAUCCGAACGCACCUGACGCCACUCUCCCGCCACCUGGAGCUCCUCGAGAGCCUGGAGUUUCCCGAGGUGAAGCCACGGCUGCGUCCCCUGCUCCACGUGGUCUGUCUGAUCUGGGCCACCUGUGAGUCCUAUCGCUCCCCGGGGCGGCUCACCGUAUUGCUCCAGGAGAUCUGCAACCUCCUCAUCCAGCAGGCCUCUAAUUAUCUCCACCCAGAGGGCCUCCUGAGAAGUGAGGUGGAGGAAAGUCAGAGAAAACUGCACAUGGCCGUGGACACAUUGAGCUUCUUCAAGCAGGGGUUUCAGGACAGAAGGGAGCAUCUCUGUACUUACUUCAAAGAGAACCAGGAGGUCAGGCAGUGGGAUUUCCAGUCUUCUUUGGUCUUCGAGCGAUUGGAUGGAUUCCUGGGGCGGCUGCUCAUGGUGCAGGAUCUCCUGAACACAGCCCUGGAUUUCCACCAACUGGGAAAGCUUGAAUUUAGUGGCAUCAGAGGGAAUGCCCUGAGUCAGCAGGUCCAGCAAAUGUACGAUGGAUUUCAAGAGAUGUACAGGGUCUUUUCAGAGUCCUCCUAUGACUGCUUGGACCCCCGGAGCAUGGAAUUCGAAAAUGACGUGUGUGAAUUUAACCGAAGAGUAGAAGAUCUUGACCGAAGACUGGGGGCUGUCUUCAGUCAAGCCUUUGAUGAUGCCCUUGAUUUGGAGCAUGCCUUCAAGCUGCUGGAUAUAGCAGGGAAACUCCUGGAAAGACCGCUGGUAGCACAAGAUGCAUCUGAAAAAUACUUGCUGCUCAUCCAGAUGUUCAUCAAAGACCUGGAUACAGUGAGGGCGAUAUACAGUCAGCGUGUCCAGGAGGAGGCAGAACUUGGGUUCUCAUCGGUGCACAAGAACAUGCCCACUGUGGCCGGGGGUCUCCGCUGGGCACAGGAGUUGAGGCAGCGCAUCCAGGGGCCCUUUGACAACUUCAAGCGCAUCUCCCAUCCUUGCAUGGACUCUGCCGAAGGAAAGCGAAUGACCCAGAAAUAUGAAGAUACGCUCUCACUGCUGGAAAAGUACGAGACAAGACUUUAUGAGGACUGGUGUCAGACAGUGUCAGAAAAGUCACAGUACAAUCUUUCCCGGCCACUCCUGAAACGGGACUCAGAGACGAAGCAGAUUGCCGUCAACUUUAACCCCCAGCUGCUUUCGGUGCUGAAGGAAAUGAGUUAUCUUGAGCCCAGGCAGAUGCAGCGCAUUCCUGAGACAGCGGCAGCCAUGUUCUCCUCCAGGGAAUUCUAUCGGCAGCUCGUGGCUAAGUUGGAGCUGAUGGCAAAUUGGUACAACAAGGUGGUGAAGACUCUUGCAGAGGUGGAAUUUCCAUUAGUGGAGGAAGAGCUGAGGGAUAUCGAUCUCUGCCUGAGAGCUGCGGAGGGGACUCUGAACUGGAAAACAGAAGGCAUUUGGGAUUAUGUCAUUCAAAUCACCAACAGCAUUCAUGAUCUCGAACAAAGAAUUCAGAAAGCUAAAGACAAUGUGGAAGAGAUUCAAAACAUCAUGAAAACAUGGGUGUCUCCAAUAUUUAAGAGAAAAGAUGGAAAAAAGGAAUGCGUUCUUUCCAUGGAUGAUCAGCAUGACCGGAUGGAAAAAUAUUACCAUCUCAUCAGAGAAUCUGGACUUAAGAUUCAUGCCCUCGUUCAGGAAAACCUAGGUCUGUUUGCAGCAGACCCAACCUCUAAUAUCUGGAAGACUUACGUUAACUAUGUUGAUGAGAUGUUGCUGGAUGGAUUUUUUCUUGCCAUCGAAUGCUCCCUCAAGUACCUCCUGGAGAACACUGAAUGUAAGGCAGGCCUCACCCCGAUAUUUGAAGCCCAGCUGAGCUUAGCCAUACCAGAAUUAGUUUUCUCUCCGCCCCUGGAGUAUGGAGUGAAGGGUGGUUUCUAUGACGCUGUUGAGGGUCUGGUCAGCAGCAUUUUUGGAAUAUCGUCUCUGGUGCCACGGCUUUCCCCCCAGAACGGCUCUCCCCACUAUCAGGUGGACGUGGAGAGCAUGGCCCCUUUGGCAAGCAUGAGGAGCACGCUCCUGGACAGGGUUCAGAACAUGAUGGCCCUCUGCUGUGGCUACCGGAAUGCCUUCAGCCAGUAUUCCUACCUCUAUGUGGCAGACCGGAGGGAGCUCCUGAGCCAGUUUCUGUCCUACGGGCGUGUCCUGACCCCCGGGGAGAUGGAAGCCCACACAGAAGAUGGCAUUCCAGAGAAUCAUCCUCCCCUUCUCCAUCAGUUUAAAGCACAGAUCGACUUUUACGAAAGCCUCUACGGAGAAGUGUGUAGGCUGGAGCCCAUCAAGGUGUUCGACGGCUGGAUGAAAAUUGACCUCCGACCCCUGAAAGUGUCUCUGCUGAAUCUAAUUAAGAGGUGGAGCCUCACGUUCAAACAGCAUCUCGUUGACUAUGUCACCAACAGCUUGGCCGACCUUGAAGUGUUUAUAAAAAAUAGUGAGUGUGGCAUGCUCAAGAAAGUUGAAAAAGGAGACUUCGAAGGAUUGAUCGAGGUCAUGGGACACCUUAUGGCUCUGAAAGAACGACAGAGCAGCAUCGAUGAGAUGUUUGAGCCCUUACAGCAGACAAUUGAAUUGCUGAAGACCUAUGAACAGGAAUUGCCCGAAAUGGUGUUUAAGCAGCUGGAGGAGCUGCCUGAGAAGUGGAACAACGUGAAAAAGAUGGCUGUCACCGUGAGGCAGCAUGUAGCGCCGCUGCAGGUGAAUGAAGUGGCCCUCCUCCGCCAGAGGUGCUCAGCCUUUGACCUUGAACAACAGCAGUUCUGGGAGCAGUUCCGCAGGGAAGCCCCCUUCAGGUUUGAUAGCAUUGAUCCUCACCGAGUUCUGGAUGCCAGGCACAGGGAGAUACAGCAAAUGGAAUCUACCAUGGCCUCCAUUUCCGAGGCUGCUGGCUUGUUUGAAGUCAAUGUUCCUGAUUACAAGCAGCUGAAGCAAUGCAGAAAGGAGGUGUGCCAGCUGAAGGAGCUCUGGGACACCAUUGGGUUGGUGACCUCCAGCAUCUAUGCCUGGGAGACCACCCGGUGGAAGGAGGUUAACGUGGAGGCUCUGGACUGGGAGUGUAAACGGUUCGCCAGGCACAUCCGGAACCUCGACAAGGAGGUCAGGGCCUGGGAUGCAUUCACAGGCCUGGAGAACAUGGUAUUGAACACCUUGACUUCCCUGAGGGCGGUGGCCGAGCUGCAGAACCCAGCUGUCCGGGAGCGGCACUGGAGGCAGCUGAUGCAAGCCAUGGGUGCGAGCUUCACCAUGGAUGAGGACGCCACCCUGGCCCAUCUCCUGCAGCUCCAGCUGCACCAUUUUGAGGACGAGGUCCGGGGCAUUGUGGACAAAGCUGUGAAAGAGAUGGCCAUGGAGAAGACCUUGAAGGAGCUGCAGACCACCUGGGCCAGCAGGGAAUUCCAGUGCGAGCCCCACCCGCGGACCAACGUCCCCCAGCUGCAGUCAGAUGAGGACCUCAUCGAGGUUCUGGAGGACAACCAAGUCCAACUGCAGAACCUGAUGAUGUCCAAGUACAUUGCCUUCUUCCUGGAGGACGUGUCUGGCUGGCAGAAGAAGCUGUCCACGGCUGAUGCUGUCAUCUCUGCCUGGUUCCAUGUGCAGCGCACGUGGUCUCACCUGGAAAGUAUAUUCAUUGGCUCCGAGGAUAUCCGGGCUCAGCUGCCCCAGGAUUCUAAAAGAUUCGAAGGCAUUGACAUAGACUUUAAAGAGCUAGCUUAUGCUGCCCAGAAGACUCCCAAUGUAGUGGAAGCCACCAACAAACCAGGUCUUUACGAAAAACUGGAAGAUCUUCAGAGCAGGUUAUACCUGUGUGAGAAGGCCCUGGCCGAGUACCUGGAUACCAAAAGGCUUGCCUUCCCUCGGUUUUACUUUCUGUCUUCUUCUGACUUGUUAGACACCCUUUCCAACGGCACAGCGCCACAACAGGUCCAGCGCCAUCUUUCCAAACUCUUUGACAAUGUGGCAAAGAUGCAGUUCCAACCGGACGCCGGUGAGCCACCAACCAAGAUAAGUCUUGGCAUGUACAGCAAGGAAGGAGAGUAUGUGGCCUUCAGCGAGCCCUGUGACUGCAGCGGUCGGGUAGAAAUAUGGUUGAACCGUGUGCUUGCUCAUAUGAGGGCCACAGUGAGGCACGGGAUGACAGAAGGUGUAGUUGCCUACGAAGAAAAGCCAAGGGAACAGUGGCUCUUUGACUAUCCAGCUCAGGUGGCCCUGACCUGCACUCAGAUCUGGUGGACCACAGAGGUGGGCAUUGCGUUUGCCAGGCUGGAGGAAGGCUGCGAGAAUGCCAUGAAGGACUAUUACAAGAAGCAAGUGGCCCAGCUCAAAACCCUCAUCACCAUGCUAAUUGGCCAUCUCUCCAAAGGGGACCGGCAGAAGAUCAUGACCAUAUGCACCAUUGAUGUGCAUGCCCGGGAUGUGGUGGCCAAGAUGAUUGCUCAGAAAGUGGACAGUGCUCAGGCCUUCCUCUGGCUGUCCCAGCUGCGGCAUCGUUGGGAUGACGAGGCCAAACACUGCUUUGCCAACAUCUGUGAUGCGCAGUUUCUCUAUUCCUACGAGUACCUGGGAAAUACGCCCCGCCUGGUGAUCACGCCUCUGACGGACAGAUGUUACAUCACCCUCACCCAGUCGCUGCACCUGACCAUGAGUGGAGCCCCAGCAGGACCUGCAGGCACUGGCAAGACAGAGACCACCAAGGACCUGGGCCGAGCACUGGGCAUCAUGGUGUAUGUGUUCAACUGCUCAGAGCAGAUGGACUACAAGUCUUGCGGCAACAUCUACAAAGGCCUUGCUCAGACCGGUGCCUGGGGCUGUUUUGAUGAGUUUAACCGAAUCUCAGUAGAGGUCUUGUCAGUGGUGGCCGUGCAGGUCAAAAGCAUUCAAGAUGCAAUCCGAGACAAGAAGCAGCGGUUCAACUUCCUUGGGGAGGAGAUUAGCCUGGAUCCUUCUGUGGGAAUCUUCAUCACCAUGAACCCGGGCUACGCCGGCCGCACGGAACUUCCAGAGAACCUCAAGUCUCUCUUCAGGCCUUGUGCAAUGGUGGUUCCAGACUUUGAGCUGAUCUGCGAGAUCAUGCUGGUGGCAGAAGGAUUCACUGAAGCACGGUCAUUAGCCAGAAAGUUCAUCACCCUUUACCAGUUGUGCAAGAAGAGCUGCUGUCUAAACAGGAUCACUAUGACUGGGGCCUGCGGGCCAUCAAGUCUGUGCUGGUGGUGGCUGGAUCCCUGAAGCGAGGGGGACCCUGACCCGCCCCGAGGACCAAGUCCUGAUGCGUUCCUUGCGAGAUUUCAACCCAUCCCCAA